AUGCCGCAGAGCGUGGAAAAUGUCCUUAACAAUUCCGAGAUCAUCACCGCAGCAGGCCGACCUCCCAUUCUCCGAACUCAAGCUGGCACAGUACUAGUAUUUGACCCAACUAACAAGACGCUGCCAACGCCGCCCGUCAUGACGACCAAAAAUGGCAACUUCAGCACCACCAGGGAAACGGUCUACGCCGACCAACCACCCUACCCAGCGCCCUUUAUCUGGGCCGGUUCCAUGACGGCUAUCGUUUUUCUUACACAGCACGUGGUUUUCCCUCCAUAUGUCGUGGAUGUAUUUGGGGUUGAGGAGCCGAACAAUGAAGUUGCACUCGGAGGAACAGUCGUCUGGGCAAAGGGAGAAGUGAAGCCUCAGCAGACUUUCACUUAUCUCGAGAUCAACUUCACCGCCGGCAUCGUUAACCCUGCUACAAGCACAUACGUGAAGCAGAAUGUCAUUGAAGCGGAUGACAACGACCUGGACGGAAAAGAUAUUGUGGAAGGGCGAUGGGUUAGAGAGGCACUAUAUCUGACUUCCGAUAUCAUGUCCUGUUUGGCCAUUUCGAACUCAACUGGAAUAUCCUCAUGGCAGAGCUUGGAGAAUUACACAGAAACCAUGAUUCGGUUCUCGUACAUGGCAGCCUGGAGUCUGCUGCAGAGGAGCUAUGAGCCGAACAGCACACCACUCACCGUGGAUUUGUACGAGGCGAGGAUACAGGCCGUUGUUUCACAGUGGAGGGUCAUCAGUUGGCUCGGGAUUAAUGUGGCCUUUUCACUGUCUUGGAUCACGGUCACAGUAUUAAUGAAAAGGAGCAUAGAGUUGGCGGUGGUUGACACAGUUCCUGAUUUUAUCUUGCGGUUGUAUACCCACUUUGAACAUCUCGCACAGCAAGAAAAUACGUGA